GGAUCCUAGUCGGGUUCGUUGCUGCUGAGCCACCACAGGAACUCCAGAAAGUAGUUUUGAAUUUCAGUCCUCUCCUCAGAUUAUACACUGUGCCCUGGGAAGUCCAGGACCCUGUGGAGUUGAACCUCCUCCUCCUCCUCCCAGGGCAGCUUCUUGAAUGCAGAUUGUUCUCAAGCACUGUCCACAAUAAGGAGGAGGCUCAGAGUCAAGGAACGGACAGAACUACCCAAGGAACACUUCUUCCAGCAGUAUAAAUUUUUGAGCCAGUCUUUGAUGAGAAUAUAGAUGAAUUGUAAAAAUUAAAUUGGGAACAACUGUGAACCAUUUCACAAAUAUGUAACUAUUAUAUAAGUAUAUAUAAGAUUGUAUAUGUAUAAAUAUAACUAUAAUAUAUAAAAUUAUUAUCAUUAGUGUUAUUAGGAUCCAUACCAAAAAUCGAAAUGUAUUUAAUUAUUCUAAGAGGGUAAAUACUUCCCCAUUCAGUUUUUUUUAAGCCAUGGCCCUAAAAAUGGGUAGUGAAUCAAGCGCUUUGCCAGUGUCUUCAGAAGAUGCACAGCGUAGCUGAGGAGCAGAGCAAAGUCAGCAAUUCUCUAGGCCAGGAGGGUCUCUUCUAGUUGAUAUUCUGCUCUUAUUUUCUUCAGAUUUUGAACUUCCCUGCUUCCUGGGCAUUGGCAUUUUUCUCACUCAUAAUCAUCUUCUGUCUUACAGCUGCCCCUGAAACCUGUAAAUACGCUGACACGAAAGGAUCUGCUCCUGGGGCUACCUGAAGACCUCUUUCCGACCCAGGUCCAAAGUCCUGAACCCUGAAUCUCACCUCGUGACCCCGCUUUGAGAAUCUUAGCUUUGUGUCUGUGUUCAGUUGGUUUUCAGUUACUGUUCUUAUGCCCAGUUUUCUGGAGAGGCUCUCACGGCCUCUUGUGAUGCCGCAGUCACGGCCUAGGACCAGAUUAUGGCACGAGGGUUAAGUUUAAUGCAGCCUGCGGGCCCCGUGCUGCUAACAUGAGUUUCACUCUUCAGUUUGGUGCUGCUACACUAAAUCCUUUGUCUUUUGGUAUCCUAACAUGUGGCAGGAAAACAUCACUCAUGUGUCUGAAUUCGUCCUGGUGGGCUUCCCUACUUCCCCUGGGCUGCAAGUUCUGCUCUUCGUCCUCUUUCUCACCACCUACCUGUUGGUGCUGUUGGAGAAUCUAGUCAUUAUUCUCACUGUCUGGGUCACUGGGCCCCUGCACAAGCCCAUGUACUAUUUUCUGAGCACCAUGUCCUUUCUGGAGAUCUGGUAUAUAUCCGUCACCGUCCCCAAGAUGCUGGCGGGAUUCCUACUUUGUCCCAACACCAUCUCCUUCCUCGGAUGCAUGACCCAGCUCUACUUCUUCAUGUCACUCGCCUGUACUGAGUGUGUGCUCUUGGCCGCCAUGGCCUAUGACCGUUAUGUGGCUAUAUGUUGGCCUCUCCGCUACCCAGUCAUGAUGACCACAGGAUUUUGUGUUCAGCUGACCAUCAGUUCCUGGGUGAGUGGCUUCACCAUCUCCAUGGCAAAGGUAUACUUCAUCUCCCAAGUUGCCCUCUGUGGCAGUAAUAUCUUGAACCAUUUUUUCUGUGACGUUUCCCCCAUCCUCAAACUGGCCUGCAUGGACUCUUCUGUGGCUGAGACGGUGGACUUUGUGCUAGCCAUCGUCAUCCUCGUGUCUCCUCUCUCAGCCACGGUCCUUUCCUAUGGCUGCAUCGUCUCUGCCGUCCUGCACAUGCCUUCAGCAGCUGGGCAACGGAAGGCCUUCUCCACCUGCGCCUCUCACCUCACCGUGGUGGUCAUCUUCUACACAGCUGUGAUGUUCAUGUAUGUCCGGCCUCGGGCCAUUGCUUCAUUUGAUUCUAACAAAUUGAUCUCCGCCAUAUAUGCAGUCUUGACGCCCAUGCUCAACCCCAUCAUCUACUGUCUGAGGAACAAGGAGGUCAAAGAUGCCAUCAGAAAAACCAUGGCAAGUGGCCGAGCCCUUUUCUUGAGAGAUUCUCUUUGCUGAAAAGACUCAGAUACUCCUUCUUUUUUCAUCAUUUGCAAUUAUAAACAUACUUAGUACAAUAAUUAAGGGAUGAGGGGUGAGAUAUCAGAGCAAACCCCCUUUCUUUCAGGUCUCAAUUAAAUGCUUCCUUUUAUGGAGUUCCCAUCGUGGCUCAGUGGUUAACGAAUCCAACUAGGAAC